CCGAGCGCAAGCACAAUCAUAUAUUUUAAAAAUAUGACGAACACUCGACUUGAAUAACAGGAGAACAAUUUUGAACAAUUGCCUACGUAAAAGAGAGAAAUUCAAAAGGAGACGAUAAUUACAAUCGCUUGACUGUUCACCGAAACAAGCAUUUGUAGGAGCCGAGUUUUAUGGCGCGAUAACCCUAAUGUGAUAUGAAAGAAGGUCGGAACCGACGACGAUGGUGUUUAUGAUGACCGUGAACGUUAGAUAGGUACGGAUGUUUCAUCUAUUCAGUCCGGGCAAACGCAGUAAACAGUAUUUCUAUAUAUAUGCAGUGUAUAUAUGCAUCUAGUGGGAUGUUGCAAUGUAAAUUGCGCAUUUAAAGUGCACAUUGUUGAGAGAAAAUUAUAGUCUGUGGAGUGUCCGUCUCUCUUGCGGCGAAGAGUUUCACUAAUAAUAAGUGAUAUCGACGUAUUUAUAGAUUUAUGCGGUCGAAACGAGUUAAUACAGAGAAUAAAAGAGAGAAGCAAAAAAUAACUUUGAAAGGUGCAAAAUAGAAAUGUGUGAUUGUCCACGAGACUUGACAGAAGAUAAAAUCGGCUCGCAAACCGUAACCAUCUUCUCGAAAUGUUUCGCAUCUUAUCGUCCCGGAAAAGACAUCCUCGAACAUAAAAUUCCCUCCGAUUCGAAUUGUACAUCUAUCGAUUCCACGCAAUCUAACAGCAGUGAUACGAUAUGCGACUCUGCGAAAAGAUCGUCAACAAGUCUGGAAUCCUCUAGCGAGUCCAGCAGAACGUAUAAAUUUAUUUGUCCCACGGAGUGCGAUUAUUCCGGCGAGAAAGAGGGUUUCAUAUCGCCAGUGAUUUGCUUCGAUAGCGGCGAAAUUAAAGAGACUGUCGAGAAAGAACUGGAAGUCGAAUGUACCUUGGCCAUAAUAAAGCCAGAAGCAGUGAUCUACAGAAUGGAGAUCGAGCAUCGAAUAUGCACGGAAGGUUUCGCAAUUUGUCAAACACGUUGGCUCCAACUUACACCCGAACAGGUUUCAGAAUUCUAUCAAGAUCACUUCGGCGAACUGAAUUUUCCUCAUCUAGUGGCGUACAUGUCCUCGGGACCCAUCGUAGUGUUCGUGUUGGCGAAGCAAAACGCCGUGGAAGAAUGGAAGAGAAUCAUAGGCCCGACUACGGUAGCUGAAGCGCGUUUAUAUUUUCCCGACAGCAUCAGGGCGAAGUACGGUCGCAGAGGAGAUAGUUUUAAGAAUGCUGUACAUGGCAGCUGCAGUCGUGAACAAGCCGAGAAGGAGAUCCACUUUUUCUUUCCCGAAUUCAUAAUUGAGCCGUUAUUGAGGAACGAGAUGGCUGAAGACUUUUUAUGGGAGAGUAUUAAUCCAAUUCUCAUCGAAGGUCUAACUUUGUGUUGCAAACAUAGACCGGCUGAUCCUGUAUUGUGGUUGGCGCACUGGUUGAUCCUGAAUAACCCUAAUAAACCUAAACUACCGGAAGAUCUCACUUUAAUUCCGACAUAA